AUGAAGCGAAGAGAGGUCGUCAAGGCCCGCCAUGGUGAUAGCAACUUCCUGGAGAAGGAGGACAAGCAGAAUGGGGAGAAGGCGCUGAAGGCCCUCCGGCCUGUUGCCGCCGAGGCCGAUCCCUUCAUAAGCAUCCAGGCUAUGGAGACAAUGCUUGGCCACCAACGCAUGGAGAUGCACCGACUGAUCCACGGCUAUCAUGAGACCGCCAUGCGCUUCUUGAUCCGGAAAGAGGAGGAUUGGAGGCGAUCGGAACUGGAGGUGAAGGACUUGAAGUCUCAGAACGAAGCCUACAAGAAAGUUGGUGGUGGCUGGGAUUCGCCUGUCGGAAGCAAGGAUAUUGGUAGUGCAGACAGUAAGUCCACCUUCGUGCUGAAUGUUCAGCUCGAGAAGACGCGUGAGCAGCUGCUGGAGUGCGAGAAGCAGCACCGCUUCGCUCAAGCCGAAAACUUCGAGCUCCGGGAGCAACUUGCGGCCAUGCAGGCUGUUGGCGCCGGCUACGGAGGUUUGCUGGGCAGUCCAAGUGCCAGUGCUCCGAUGUGGUCUGAUAUGACAUGGUCAGUUCCCAAUGCUGAGUUUUCGCCCCCGAUGCAUGAGACGACAGCAGAUGGUCUGCCUGUCAAAGGCACGGUGACCUCUUUCUUGGAGAAGUUGAGCACGACACAGUCCAACCCACUUGAUCGCUUGGAAAGAGCACAGUCGAAGCUGGACGCCUGGGCCUCGCAGCACCAUCCCCGCCCGGACCCUGCACUGGCUGGCCUGGUGAAUUCUGUAGACUACAGCACCAUGGAACUACCGGGCAUGAUGGAUGAUCAGCCGGAGAUCCAGAUCGACAAGGCGCCUACCAAUACCAACGAUCCAGAGGACGACGAUGACCUUACUGUUGGGUAUAUCCGUUCAGGCAAGAAAAAGAAGAAGAAAGACAACAAACGCAGAAGUCUCAUGAUGAAGGACAGAGUUCAGGAUCUUUUCGAUAAGCCCUUAAACGUCAAGGAUAAGUACAAAACUUCAGGGCUCACGCAAAGAAUUGUUCGCAGCCCCAUGUUCGAGAACACCUGCAUGGGCGUCAUUUUUCUGAAUGCCAUCUGGAUCGGCAUCGAGAUGAGUUUCAAUCCAGCAGAAGUGCUGGCAUACGCUGACCCUCCUUUCAUCAUCGUGGAAAACCUGUUCUGCGUCUUCUUCUUUGCCGAGAUUGUUCUGCGGCUAUGCGCAUUUUCCAGGAUGUGCAACGCCUUCAGGGACAAGUGGUUUGUGUUUGACCUCACCCUGGUGAUUCUGAUGGUGAUCGAGACCUGGUUAAUGUUCUUCAUCAUGACCGUAUCGACGGACACCUCCCAGACACAGGAGCAGGCGUUUGACUCGUCCGUCCUCCGUCUGUUGAAGCUCUCGCGACUGACUCGUGUGGCACGGAUCGCGCGGCUUUUGCGCCAGGUGCCGGAGGUGAUGAUACUGUUGAAGGGCAUCGGGGUCGCCUCCCGCUCUGUGUUCUUCACUUGCCUCAUCUUAUUGUCGGUGAUCUACAUCUUCGCGAUCGCUUUGACGCAGCUCUCGGAAGACACGGCCCUGGGCAACGCCUACUUCCCCACGCUGGUCGACGGAAUGUUCUCGCUGCUGUUCCACGCUUGUUUCUUUCAGGGUCUUCCCGACUUUGCUCGCAGUUGCUUCCAGGAGAACUUUCUUUACGGCCUGUCGCUUUUAGUCUUCGUGGUGCUUGCGCCUUUAACUGUCAUGAACCUUAUUGUCGGGGUGCUCGUCGAAGUGGUCGGUGUUGUGGCCGCGGCUGAGCAGGAGGCUGCAACAAGAAAUGCCAUCUUCGAGGCUUUGCAGGAGGCACUGGAAAGACUCGGCUCGAGGAAGAAGGACGACGCCAUAUCUCGGAGCGAAUUCGCAGGCUUGGUGAACCGCCCUGACCUGGUAAGCAUCUUCCUGGAAUCGGGCAUUGAUGUUGUGGCAAUUCUUCGCGAUCCCGACAUGGUUUUUGCAGGAGAAGCCGAGAUGAGCAUAACAGAGUUCCUUGAGGAGACCAUCGCUCUCCGAGGCUCCAACACAGCCACGGGCGGCACCCGGUCCGGAGCCACUUCGGUCCAUCUUGCCUGCAAUGCCUUGAGUUUCCCGGAUGGUCGUGGCCAGGACGAUGCCAGCUACAUGGACUGCUUGCGCCGCUGGGCAGAUGAGAGGCAGCGGCAGCUGGCAUUCUCGCAGGGCUACGGUCAUCUGCUAGCAGCGCAGCACAAAGUGCAGAGGUUGCACCUGUCCCUUCGGAGCUCCGAGCCCAUAAGGAACGUGACGCUCCUGGUUUCGGCUCUCCAGCAUCGGCUGGGCUGGCUGUUGGAUGCGAGUGCCAGGCUUUUUGAGAAGAGAAAGUUUGCGAUUUCGAACUAUGGGAGACUGCACUGGAUUGCACUCUGUCGCUCUCCCAAGAUGUGCGAAGGUAUGGUGCACGGCUUAAAGACUACGUGGAUGAACUGCAUCCUCGACUCAGCACUUUGA